AUGGUAAUUUUGGAUGAGAAUGAACAUUCUAGUGGUUUAGAAGCCAAUUUGUCGGCUGGUGGUGGUCAGUCCGGUGUGGAUUUGAGUAGUCCUUUCUACAUGCAUCCUUUGGAUAAUCCCGAUGCUAUGUUAGUAUCAGUUCCCUUUAGUGGCGUUGGUUACAGAUCGUGGAGGAGGAGUAUGUUGCAUGCCAUUUCUGUGAAGAACAACGUAGGUUUCAUCAAUGGGGAAUGUAAAAGGCCAGAUCCAGAAUCACAGAAGUUUCGACUGUGGGAGAGAUGUGACGAUAUGGUAGCCUCGUGGAUUUUGAACUCAUUAUCUAAGGAAAUUGCAGAUAGCGUUGAAUAUGUAAAUGAUGCAACAGAAUUGUGGAAGGAAUUAGAAGAUCGAUAUGACCAAACUAAUGGUACAAAGCUAUAUCAAAUUCAGAAGGAAAUCAAUGAUAUGUCCCAAGGAUCCCUUGAUAUCACAGGGUAUUACACUAAGAUGAAGAAGUUGUGGGAAGAACUAAGCAACCUAAGUGCUAAAAAUCAAUGUACUUGCCAUUGCACCUGUAGGGCAAAAUGGAGUAUGCACAAGGCAGAACAAGAUAUACGACUAAUAUAA